AUGAAGAGAGAUAAAAAAGAAGAAGAAGCUGGGGGCAAUCCCUUCUUCAAUCUGGAGAAAAGUUCUGUGCUUCAAGAUGCCCGUACAUUCAAUGAAACUCCUGUCAAUGCCAAGAAGUGUUGUUUCAUUCUCACCAAAAUAAUGUACAUCCUCAAUCAAGGUGAACCACUUGGAAAAACUGAAGCCACUGAGGCAUUUUUUGCAAUGACCAAAUUGUUUCAAUCUAAAGAUACAACAUUAAGAAGGCUGGUCUAUCUGUGCAUCAAAUUGAUGGCUGACAUUGCUGAUGAUGUCAUCAUAGUAACCAGUAGUUUAACCAAAGAUAUGACAGGAAAGGAGGACCAGUUCAGAGCACCUGCCAUAAGAGCACUCUGUAGAAUCACUGAUGGAAGCAUGUUGCAAAGUAUUGAAAGGUACAUGAAGCAAGCCAUCGUCGAUAAGGAUCCAAGUGUUUCCAGUGCUGCACUUGCUUCUGCCCUCCAUUUGGCCCAGCAGAACAAUGAUGUGGUGAAGCGUUGGGUGAAUGAGGCCCAAGAAGCUGUUAAUAGCGAUAACAUCAUGGUCCAGUACCAUGCGUUGGGUCUGCUCUACCACAUUAGAAAGUCUGAUAAGUUGGCAGUCACCAAGAUGGUCUCCAAAUUCACGAGGCACACACUCAAAUCCCCAUAUGCAUUCUGUCAACUGAUUAGAAUCUCGUGCAAGCUUCUGGAAGAUGAUGAUUUGGGUUGUGAAGGACCUCUGUACGAGUUCAUAGAGGGUUGUCUUCGUCACAAAAGUGAGAUGGUCAUCUACGAAGCAGCUCACGCAAUUGUCAACCUGAAGAAGACCAGCACGAAAGAGCUGGGACCUGCCAUUUCUGUACUCCAACUUUUUUGCGGCUCCUCCAAACCUACGCUCAGGUUUGCUGCUGUCAGGACUCUUAACAAGGUGGCAAUGAAGCACCCAGCUGCUGUAACGACCUGCAAUGUCGACCUCGAGAACCUCAUCACGGACAGCAACAGGAGCAUUGCUACGCUAGCCAUCACUACUCUACUCAAAAUUGGAAACGAAAGUAGUGUUGACAGGCUGAUGAAACAAAUUUCCUCCUUCAUGUCGGAAAUUCCAGAUGAGUUCAAGGUCGUUGUCGUCCAAGCUAUCAGGUCCUUGUGUUUGAAGUUUCCGAGGAAGCAUUCCUUGCUUAUGAGUUUCCUCUCUGGGAUGCUGAGGGAGGAAGGUGGUUUUGAGUACAAGAAGGCAAUUGUUGAAUCCAUUGUGUCUAUCAUCGAAGAAAACUUUGAGGCAAAAGAAGCAGGACUGGCACAUUUGUGUGAAUUUAUAGAAGAUUGUGAGCACACCGUCCUGGCUACAAAGAUCCUCCAUCUGCUGGGACAGGAGGGUCCUAGGACGCCACAACCAUUCAAAUACAUCAGAUUCAUUUACAAUCGCGUCAUUCUUGAAAAUCCUGCCGUUAGAGCUGCUGCUGUAACUGCCCUGGCCAAGUUUGGAGCCCAAUGUGAACAGCUCCUCCCUAGCAUCAUAGUCCUGUUGGAAAGAUCACAAUUUGACACUGAUGAUGAGGUGAGGGACAGGGCAACGUUCUACCUGAACAUAUUGAAGGAGAAUCAGAAGGGCCUCAACUUAUCUUACAUCAUCAAUGGACUACAAGUGAGUAUCAAAGGUCUAGAAACGGCCCUGCAUCACUAUACACUGGAACCUUCAAAGGAACCUUUCGAUUUGAAGACUGUCCCUCUCGACACCAAACUUGUCACUCAACAAAAUCUUGCGAAGGACGGAACCGUCAGCAACAAAGAAAAGCAGUUAGCAGCAGUACCGCAGUUGGCCAAUCUUGGGCCUCUCUUCAAAUCUUCAUUGCUGCCACUGGAACUCACUGAAGCCGAAACGGAAUAUGUCGUUAGAUGCAUCAAACAUACAUUCCCACAUCACAUCGUCUUCCAGUUUGAUUGUACAAACACGUUGAAUGAUCAAAUCUUGGAAAAUGUGACUGUGCACAUGGAGAACACGGAAGGAUUUGAAGUCAUCAGAUGCGUACCUAUCCCAUCUCUUCCCUAUGGCAAACCUGCAACCACUUAUACCCUUGUUCAACUGCCUGAAGAUCCGUUGAUUGUAUCGACAACAUUCAGCUGCACCAUGAAGUUUCUGGUGAAGGAUUGCGACCCACACACUGGAGAGCCAGAUGAGGAAGGAUACAAGGAUGAAUAUGUGUUGGAGGAUGUUGACCUGGCCUUGUCAGACCACACACAGAAAGUCAUCAAACCCAACUUUUCCGUGUCUUGGGACGAAAUUGGGGAGGGCAACGAACUCGAGGACACCUAUGCUCUCUCGUCUGUUAAGACUGUUGAAGGAGCAGUGAGAAACAUAAUGGACUUCCUGGGCCUGCAGGCAUGCGAGCGUUCUGAUAAGGUUCCCGAAGGCAAGAAUGCUCACACCUUAUUGUUAGCUGGUAUCUUCAGGGGAGGCCACGAUGUUCUCGUGCGAGCCAAGUUGGCCCUGUCUGAUGGCGUCAACAUGCAGAUGACCGUUCGGAGCACCGAUGCAAAUGUAUCGCAGAUCAUCGCAUCAGCCAUCUCGUAA